AUGAACGCAACACCGCGUGGCCGUGUAGGCGGCUUUCCAGAUACCCCCGCCCAGAAUGCCAGCAGACAGAGGGGCCCUCUGCCUCAAGCUCCCGAAACUCAGACCCCAACUUCUCCCGACAUCCAGCCCUUGGUCCCUCUUGCUGUGAUCGACGCCCCUACUCAGCGUUUCUAUGCAGCUGCCAUCUACGUCGCCCUGUGCGCAUGGCGUUUAUACGACUAUGUCCAGGUCCAGGACAAUGGCGCCCACGCCUCGUACUUCUUCAAGUGGGCCUUUAUCGAUGCUGUAUACCUCUUCUCCCUGCCUCACUUCCGGAUACCUUGGCUAGAGCUGUCGUCUGAAUUCGUCCUUGGGGCUUUCUUGGUUACCGUUGUCUGCGACUGGUGGUUAAUGUACAACAUCCCGCUGCCGUUUCAAGGCUGGCUGCUUGCUGUGCUUAAGGUCUUCUAUGACAAGGAGCUGGCCAUAUCUGAGCACAAUGUCAAGCUCUCGAAUAUUCUACACAACUCGUCACUCAUUAUGGGCAAGCAGAUCAUCAAUAUUCUACCCGAAGGAUCUGCUUUCCUGAACCCAGAGCGUCACCCCUACUGUCUUAGUCCUGAUCACCCGAUAGCUACUGUUCCGCUCUUCUUCAACGCCACUGUACCCAUUGAGGUGGAGCUUGUUCGCUACGAUCUCGAGACCAAUGCUCCAGAGAUAGUUAAGCUUGGGCGUAGAGACAUCAAAGAGAUCACCAAGCAGUCAGCUUCCUGCAUGGAGGACGGAUUGGUGACAACGUAUAAGUAUGAUGUGACCUUGAAGAAGCCGGGUGCAUAUCGACUACAUAAAGUCUUGGAUGAAUACAAGUUAGAGGUGCAACGGCUCACACAGCCUACUUACAUUGUACCCUGUCCUAAAGCGAGGGUCCGCUCUGCUGAAUCAUCAACCCGCUGCCUUGGAGACCUGUCCAAUCUAUCACUAGAAGUAGAAGGUACACCGCCCUUAAAAAUCUACUAUAGUCGGACCAUCAACGGCAAAGACCACAGUUUCCAUUUCCAGAGUCUUCAGCCCGAAGGUUUUACCUCCCCCUUGCUUAGCUCACAGACUUCUGUCAGCUUGAUGCUCUCUCCGGACGCCGAUUUUACUUGGGCCCGAGCCCAGAAAGUGCCUGUCGGGCUCAAUGAGUCCAUGAACAACGCUGGUGAAUGGCGAUACUCGGUUGACCAGGUGCAUGAUGCUUUUGGUAAUCAGGUAUCCUAUGAACAAGCGGAGGACCAAGAGCCAAAGCCAAAGCCAAAGAAUUUAUAUCAAAAUUUUGUUGUCCGAGAACGCCCUCGUGCUACUCUCGUGGGUUGCGACCCUCGUAAUCACCUUAAGGUUGCCAAGGGGAUGUCCACAGAACUUCCUAUCAAGAUUGGCUAUCCUGGGAAGGCGCUGGAGAGCGUACCACACACCCUGACAUGGCAUUUUUCUCCUAUCGAUACCCUCACCAAGAGUGGCGAUCAUGGCGAUGUUGUUGAGGUUGGUUCAUUUACCACGAAAGGUGCGAAUGAUAAGCCGACGAUCUCAGAGCCUGGCCUUUACACAUUGAAGUCUAUCUCUUGUGACUCAUGUGAAGGUGAGAUUGAAGAGCCGUCUUCAUGCUUGCUGCUCAAUCCCCUACAGCCCACUUUGGCAUUACAUGCUACAGAGAUUCCCGAUAACUGCGCCGGCAACCCCAUAGGUCUCAAUGUCGACAUGGAUUUAGUUGGUACACCUCCAUUUAUCGUCUCGUAUGAAGUUAUUAAGGGACAAGAAACCCGGAAAGAAAGUGUUAAAAUUCCCAGUCUUCGACACCAGCUUCAGCUUCUACCACGUGACGCGGGGUACUAUGAAUAUCGAUUUACGGCAGUCCGUGACGCUGUUUAUAAUAUACGUCUUCCUUCAACACAUAAGUUUCGCUUAGAGCAACACGUCAAACCUCCUGCAACCGCCUUCUUUACACGUGGUAGAGGCCCACUAAGCGCUUGCCUAGACGAAGAGAAAACAUUGGAUGUCGACUUACGCGGGGACGGUCCUUUCAACUUAGAAUGGGAACUUGUUCAUGAUGGGAAACGGAAGUCUGAAAAAGCAACUGAUAUUUCCAGUGACAGUUUCACCAUUCAAACACCCAAAUUAUCUGCUGGUGGCGAUUACACGCUUGCUCUAAAGAGCAUACAGGAUAAGUCAGGCUGCAAAGUCUUCCUCCAAGAAGAAGUAAAGAUAUCCGUUAGGCGUCAAAAACCACGAGCCGCUUUCGGGUUGCUAGAAAACAAAAGAUCAACUACAGUUGUUGAAGCAGCCCAGUUUAACAUACCCUUGAAGCUGUCGGGAGAUGCUCCUUGGCAGGUGUCGUACCGGAAUCUGAACAGUUCCACUGGAACCCAAGUACGCAAAGCCCAAUCCGCCAAUGAUUUCAUUCCCGCUACAGAACCAGGUAUAUACGAGAUUGUCCAUGUGCAAGAUACGCAGUGUCUUGGUAGUGUUGAUCCAAAGGCCAAGGCCUUUGAGUUGAAGUGGUUCCCCCGCCCCGAGCUUUCUCUGGUCCCCGCCGACUCUAUUCAAGCUACGGAUCAGAAACACAGGUUCGUCAAGAAGGAUAUAUGUGAAGGUGAUGUUGACGGAUUUGAGGUUGCUCUUCGAGGAUCUCCACCCUAUCAUGUCCAAUAUGAAGUGCGUGCGAAGCCAAAGACAGGUUCCGUUUCGGUUGCUAGGAAGGAUUUUGAUGCUGUCUUGAGUAAGGCAUCCGUGCAAAUGGACACAGCCAAGGCAGGCAUCUACUCUUACACAUUCUCGGCUCUUUCUGAUAAUCUUUACAACAAUGAUAAACGGCAACCGGCGCCUCUUACUCUCGAACAGACCGUGCACCCUAAACCUAUGGCUUCCUUUGCCAAACCUGGCCAGACCUUCAAAGCGUGUAUGGCCGAUGAAGUUGACCAACUGAUACCCGUUAAGCUGGAGGGUAAGGCGCCGUUCUUCCUCGAACUUGAGAUCAGGCAUCAGUCAGGCAAUUUUCCAGAGAUACACAGAAUACCCAACAUUCAGUCUAAUGCCUACAAUGUCCAAAUCCCUCGCGAAAAAUUAAAGCUAGGUGCCCAACAAAUCCGAAUACGCAAGGUGCGCGACGAUCGUGGCUGCCAGUAUGAAGUUGAAGUUGGCGGGCCUGUUGUGCAUUUCCAGUUAUACGAUUCUCCUGCAAUCUACCCCCUGGAACAAAGGACGGACUACUGUGUGGGUGAGCGCAUAGGCUACACCCUCUCGGGAACGCCACCCUUUGAAAUUAACUAUCAAUUUGGUGGGAAGAACAUGAGAGCAAAGUCGCAGACAACUAGCUUCCGGCGCGUCGCUGAGUCACCGGGUGAAUUCACAAUCACGAGCAUACGCGACAAGGCGAGCGAAUGUCGUGCUAUGGUAGACCUCACGCGGUCAAUACACCCCAUGCCUGCUGUCCGGAUCAGCAAGGGUCGCGUGGUGCAAGUUGAUAUCCAUGAAGGUAGCGAAGUGGAGAUUCUCUUUGAUUUUGAGGGUACACCACCCUUUGAAUUCACGUAUACCCGGAGUACAAACGCCAAGAAAGGGCAGAAGAGUCAGGUCAUCGAAACAAAGCAUGAUGUUAGCGAAGGCUAUAGCAAGGUCAUUAUGGCUAGUCUCGAGGGUACAUACCAGGUUGUCGCCAUUAGGGAUAAGUACUGUGCAUAUUCGACUGCACAAGUGGAUGGUACAGAUAAAGGUCAGAAGAAGCUAGGAUACUAA